UUGGAUCACCGCGGCGCGCUGCAAACGACUGGUUUUACUCUGGGCAACUGAACGGACUCGUUAUACCAAAUGUGAUUCUAUCCCACAAAUAAAGGAAUAUCUAACACAGGAAACGCUUAUCACUCGGUUGAUCAAUUCACGACUCCGGCCAGAUGAACGUGGAGAGCGUGGCCCGUUUCCACGGCGCCCGGCCGGCGGACGCGCCGCAGAAGGCCCCGGGCUUCCAGCGGAGCUCCACCUCGGACGACGACUCGGGGUGCGCCCUGGAGGAGUACGCCUGGGUGCCCCCCGGCCUGCGGCCCGACCAGGUGCAGCUGUACUUCUCCUGCCUGCCCGAGGACAAGGUGCCCUACGUGGGCAGCCCCGGGGAGAAGCUCCGCAUCAAGCAGCUCCUGUACCAGCUGCCCCCCCACGACAACGAGGUCCGGUACUGCCAGUCCCUCUCAGAGGAGGAAAGGAAGGAGCUGCAGAUAUUCAGCAUGCAGAGGAAGAAGGAGGCGCUGGGGAGGGGCAGCAUCAAACUGCUCCCCCGGACCUUGCUGCAGGCCGUCUGCGAGCACUGCGAGGACGGCAUCGGCGGGGGCGAGAUGGCCGUGCUGGCCUCCAGGGCGGGGCCGAGGAUGUGCUGGCACCCGGCGUGUUUCACCUGCUCCGUGUGCGGCGAGCUCCUGGUGGACCUCAUCUACUUCUACCAGGACGGCAAGGUCCACUGCGGCCGGCACCACGCCGAGAUGCUGAAGCCCCGCUGCUCGGCCUGCGACGAGAUCAUCUUCUCGGACGAGUGCACGGAGGCGGAGGGCCGGCACUGGCACAUGAAGCACUUCUGCUGCUUCGAGUGCGAGACGGUGCUGGGGGGCCAGCGCUACAUCAUGAAGGACGGGCGGCCGUUCUGCUGCGGCUGCUUCGAGUCGCUGUACGCCGAGUACUGCGAGGCCUGCGGGGGGCACAUCGGUGUAGACCACGCCCAGAUGACAUACGACGGGCUCCACUGGCAUGCCACCGAGUCGUGCUUCAGCUGUGCCCAGUGCCAGACCUCCCUGCUGGGCUGCCCCUUCCUGCCCAAAGAGGGUCAGAUCUACUGCUCCAAGGCCUGCAGCCAGGGCGAGGACGUCCACGCCUCCGACUCGUCCGACUCGGCCUUCCAGUCCGCGCGCUCCCGCGAAUCCCGCCGCAGCGUCCGCAUGGGCAAGAGCAGCCGCUCCGACCAGUGCCGCCAGUCUCUGCUCUUCUCGCCGCCCGCGAACUACGACUUCCGCGACUCCCCCUCCGGCGGGGGCGGUUGCGGGGACAUCCUGUCUCACAAGCUGGCGCACCUCAGCUUCGCCGACGACCGCUUCUGGAAGGCCCGGGAAGAGCAGGGGGAGGUGCCGGAGGACCACGAGGAGUGGGCGGAGCACGACGACUACAUGAUUCAGCUGCUCCUGAAGUUCGGGGACCGCGGCGCCUUCCGGCAGCCGGAGGAGGUCGGCCCCGGCGAACCGUGGGCCUCGGACGCCGACCUCAAAGCCAGAUUGGAGGCGAGUGCGGCGGGGAACCGUGGCCAGAUCCUGGCCGGCAAGAGGUACCAGACGGACGCGUACUGGGCCCAAUCGCAGGACGGGCUGGGGGACUCCGCCUACGGCAGCCACCCGGGCCCCGCCAGCAGCAGGAAGAUCCAGGAGCUGGACCUGGAGCACAGAGAGGCCAGGUUCGGGCGUGGGCAGAUGCAGUGGUAUGAGGACUCGCUCGAGUGCAUCACCGACGAACUGAAGCAACCGGAUCCGGGAACCGGAGACUCCAUGGACUCGUUGGCGCUCUCGAACAUAACAGGAGCCUCGGUGGAUGACGACUGUAAGGAGAGGCCGUUGUUAUACUCCCUACAAAGCUUCACGGAGCUGGACACGGGGGACUGCGAGAAGAUGAGUAAUAUGGGGACCCUCAACUCGUCGAUGCUGCACAGGAGCGUAAAUUCUCUCAGGAGCCUGUCUUCAGAGCUGGACCGAGUGGAAGCGCAAGUGGUGGACGCGGAGGAGGAGGAUGAGGAGGAGGAGGAGGAAGAGGCUUCCCUUCCUCAGGAGAAGCCUCGACACCACCACGUGCCCAUCCUGAGGAGGAGCCAGUCCCAGACCAGGCCGCAGCAGGUGAAGUUCUCGGACGACCCGGCGGACCGUGUCCGCGGCGAGGGGCUGGCGGUGCGCCAGGCGCCCAUGAGCGAGCGCACCCACCGCCGAGUCUGCCGCUUCGAGGAGACGGGCCCGCACCGGCCCGACCUCCGCCACCCGCACCACCACCCCCGGCCCCACCGGCCCCACCGCCGCCGCCGGAGUCGCAAGUCCUGCUCGGACAACGCCCUGAACCUGCCGCCCAAGGACCGCGCCGCCCAGGCGCGCCGCGACAAGCAGGUCCCCGCCGGGCGCCCGCAGGACCCGCGCGCCUUCCCGCCCGGCCGGGAGCUCCCGGGCCCGCGGACCCGCGCCUACGCCGCCCCGGACUACCUGCAGGGUCUGGUGCCGAACUGCAUCCAGGGUCUGUACGGGGACGACGACUGGUGCUCCACCUGCUCCUCUUCCUCCGAGUCGGAGGAAGAGGGCUUCUUCCUGGGCGAGCCCAUCCCCCAGCCCCAACCGCAGAGGCACCGUUACUACGCCGCCGAUCUCCCGACCCCCGUGUGCUCCCUGCCUUCGCCUCCCUACGCCCCGCGGACUACAUCCAAAAAGAAAAAGGGCCACCAGGGCAAGAACUGCAUCAUUUCGUAGGCAGCAGGAACCGGAGUGACCUUCAGUCACACUACGCUGCCCCGCUGAACUUUUAUUCGAUUUUUUUCAAAGUUGCCUCUGACUGAAGUCUACUUUCAAAACCACGUACAUACACCUGCGGAUAUAAAAAUCCUCUGCAACCCUCCGGCAUCUUCUGUGAGAUGGGUCACAUUUUUGCGGCCUCGUGACCUAUCACUGCUCACGUAAUGCUUUUAUACAUUGCCGUUAACGGUCUCCUAGCAACAUGCUACAUAUGCUGUAGAAUGUGCAUUACACAACAGCACUGCCAUCCCCACAAGGGUAAUAAUAAUAAUAAAAAACUAUUUAAUAAACUAGCAUUUAGAGACUAAUGAAAAUAUUUAACAUUGCAAAUAUUAAUGUACAUAUUGUAAAAUUCAGAUUUUAAAACUGAUAUUUUUAUAUACCCGAGUUACCCAUGAUUCUUUUUUUUUUCUUCCCGAUGGAUGACUAUUUGUCUGCAGCAGUGACAUUCUGGAAAACUUCUGAAGCUUUUGUUAAUCUGGUUUUUAAAAUAAAACAAUGCGGUGCACUACCUCCAACGGUGUCAUGACCCAUACUGACCCAUCUCCAAUUCAUGUAUAUAAUAUUUGUAUUAAAUCAAACAUGGUACGACUGUGUUGGUGACUCGAACACUCUCGGUAUAACCCACCAGCUUGGUUCAGCUUUUAUUUAUGGGUCAAAAUUAUACUGAAAAACAGACCUGUAAUCUGUACAAAUGUAAAGAAAUUCAAAACUGGAACAUACGGUUUUAUGAAUAAAGGAGUAUUGUGGCUUACAA